AUGGGAGAAACCAAGGACGAUGUUUACGAAGAUGAGCUUCUCGACUACGAAGAGGAAGAUGAAAAAGUUCCUGAUUCUGUUGGACCUAAAGUUAACGGUGAAUCAGGAAAGAAGGGCUAUGUUGGGAUCCACAGUUCAGGAUUCAGAGACUUUCUUCUAAAGCCAGAGCUUCUUCGGGCUAUUGUGGACUCUGGAUUUGAGCAUCCUUCCGAAGUACAACAUGAGUGCAUACCUCAAGCAAUCCUGGGAAUGGAUGUUUUAUGCCAAGCAAAAUCUGGAAUGGGAAAAACUGCUGUUUUUGUUUUAUCAACUUUGCAGCAGAUUGAUCCUAUUCCAGGCCAAGUUUCUGCUCUUAUUCUGUGUCAUACAAGGGAAUUAGCCUACCAGAUAUGCCAUGAGUUUGAAAGGUUCAGCACCUACUUGACUGAUCUCAAGGUUGCUGUCUUCUAUGGUGGUGUUAACAUUAAAGUUCACAAGGAUCUGUUGAAAAAUGAAUGCCCUCAGAUUGUUGUUGGUACACCUGGAAGAAUACUAGCAUUGUCCAGGGAUAAGGACCUUUCUUUGAAGAAUGUCAGGCAUUUCAUUUUAGACGAAUGUGAUAAGAUGCUGGAAUCACUUGACAUGAGGAAAGAUGUGCAAGACAUUUUCAAGUUGACUCCCCACGAUAAGCAAGUUAUGAUGUUUUCUGCAACACUCAGCAAGGAAAUCCGCCCAGUCUGCAAAAAAUUUAUGCAAGAUCCCAUGGAAAUUUAUGUUGAUGACGAAGCAAAAUUGACCCUUCAUGGUCUUGUUCAGCACUACAUCAAAUUGAAGGAGGAGGAGAAAAUCCGGAAGUUGAAUGAUCUUCUUGAUGCACUGGACUUCAAUCAAGUUGUGAUCUUCGUGAAAAGUGUUAGUAGAGCAGCUGAGCUGGACAAACUACUUGUGGAAUGCAACUUUCCAUCUAUAUGCAUUCAUUCUGGAAUGUCCCAGGAAGAAAGGUUGAAGCGUUAUAAGGGUUUUAAGGAGGGGCGUACAAGGAUUCUUGUAGCAACAGAUUUGGUUGGCAGGGGAAUUGACAUUGAGCGUGUGAAUAUUGUGGUAAACUAUGACAUGCCUGACUCUGCAGACACAUACUUGCACAGAGUUGGCCGAGCUGGAAGGUUUGGCACCAAAGGCCUUGCAAUCACAUUUGUUUCAUGUUCAUCCGAUGUUGAUGUUCUCAACAAUGUUCAGUCUCGGUUUGAGGUGGAUAUAAAACAGCUUCCAGAGCAGAUUGAUACAUCUACAUACAUGCCAUCGUAA